AUGCAUCAGCUGCUGCUCUGGGCUUUUUCUGCUCUGACUCCUCUGAGGCUGACCACGCCCCCUCUGAGGCUGAGACCGCCCCCUCUGAGAAUGACCACGCCCCUUCUUAGGCUGACCACGCCCCCGCUGAUUCUGACAUUUACACACUACACAACUCUGUCUCUUCACUACACAACUCUGUCUGCUCACUACACAACUCUGUCUCUUCACUACACAACUCUAUAUCUUCACUACACAACUCUGUCUCUUCACUACACAACUCCUUCUGCUCACUACACAACUCUGUCUGCUCACUACACAACUCUGUCUGCUCACUACACGACACUGUGCUCACUACACAACUCAGUCUCUUCACUACACAACUCUGUCUGCUCACUACACGACACUGUGCUCACUACACAACUCUGUCUGCUCACUACACAACUCUGUCUCUUCACUACACAACUCUAUAUCUUCACUACACAACUCUGUCUCUUCACUACACAACUCCUUCUGCUCACUACACAACUCUGUCUGCUCACUACACAACUCUGUCUGCUCACUACACGACACUGUGCUCACUACACAACUCUGUCUCUUCACUACACAACUCUGUCUGCUCACUACACAACUCAGUCUCCUCACUACACAACUCAGUCUCCUCACUACACAACUCUGUCUCUUCACUACACAACUCAGUCUCCUCACUACACAACUCAGUCUCCUCACUACACAACUCUGUCUGCUCACUACACAACUCUGUCUGGUCACUACACAACCCUGUCUCUUCACUACACAACUCUGUCUGCUCACUACACAACUCUGUCUGCUCACUACACAACUCUGUCUGCUCACUACACAACUCAGUCUCCUCACUACACAACUCAGUCUCCUCACUACACAACUCAGUCUCCUCACUACACAACUCUGUCUCUUCACUACACAACUCUGUCUGCUCACUACACAACUCAGUCUCCUCACUACACAACUCAGUCUCCUCACUACACAACUCAGUCUCCUCACUACACAACUCAGUCUCCUCACUACACAACUCUGUCUCUUCACUACACAACUCUGUCUGGUCACUACACAACUCUGUCUCUUCACUACACAACUCUGUCUCUUCACUACAACAACUCUGUCUGUCUCCUCACUACACAACUCUGUCUGCUCACUACACAACUCUGUCUGCUCACUACACAACUCUGUCUCUUCACUACACAACUCUGUCUGGUCACUACACAACCUCUGUCUCUUCACUACACAACUCUGUCUCUUCACUACACAACUCUGUCUGCUCACUACACAACUCUGUCUGCUCACUACACAACUCUGUCUCUUCACUACACAACUCUGUCUCUUCACUACACAACUCUGUCUCUUCACUACACAACUCUGUCUCUUCACUACACAACUCUAUCUCUUCACUACACAACUCUAUCUCUUCACUACACAACUCUGUCUCUUCACUACACAACUCAGUCUCCUCACUACACAACUCAGUCUCCUCACUACACAACUCUGUCUCUUCACUACACAACUCAGUCUCCUCACUACACAACUCUGUCUGGUCACUACACAACUCUGUCUCUUCACUACACAACUCUGUCUCUUCACUACACAACUCUGUCUGCUCACUACACAACUCUGUCUCUUCACUACACAACUCUGUCUCUUCACUACACAACUCUGUCUCUUCACUACACAACUCUGUCUCUUCACUACACAACUCUGUCUCUUCACUACACAACUCUGUCUCUUCACUACACAACUCUGUCUCUUCACUACACAACUCUAUCUCUUCACUACACAACUCUGUCUCUUCACUACACAACUCUAUCUCUUCACUACACAACUCUGUCUCUUCACUACACAACUCAGUCUCCUCACUACACAACUCAGUCUCCUCACUACACAACUCUGUCUCUUCACUACACAACUCAGUCUCCUCACUACACAACUCUGUCUGGUCACUACACAACUCUGUCUGGUAACUACACAACUCUGUCUCUUCACUACACAACUCUGUCUCUUCACUACACAACUCUGUCUGCUCACUACACAACUCUGUCUCUUCACUACACAACUCUGUCUCUUCACUACACAACUCUGCUCACUACACAACUCUUCUCCUCACUACACAACUCAUCUCCUCACUACACAACUCAGUCUCCUCACUACACAACUCAGUCUCCUCACUACACAACUCAGUCUCCUCACUACACAACUCUGUCUCUUCACUACACAACUCAGUCUCCUCACUACACAACUCUGUCUGGUCACUACACAACUCUGUCUGGUCACUACACAACUCUGUCUCUUCACUACACAACUCUGUCUCUUCACUACACAACUCUGUCUGGUCACUACACAACUCUGUCUGGUCACUACACAACUCUGUCUCUUCACUACACAACUCUGUCUCUUCACUACACAACUCUGUCUGGUCACUACACAACUCUGUCUGGUCACUACACAACUCUGUCUCUUCACUACACAACUCUGUCUCUUCACUACACAACUCUGUCUGGUCACUACACAACUCUGUCUGGUCACUACACAACUCAGUCUCCUCACUACACAACUCUGUCUGCUCACUACACAACUCUGUCUGCUCACUACACAACUCUGUCUCUUCACUACACAACUCUGUCUGGUCACUACACAACUCUGUCUCUUCACUACACAACUCUGUCUCUUCACUACACAACUCUGUCUGCUCACUACACAACUCUGUCUGCUCACUACACAACUCUGUCUCUUCACUACACAACUCUGUCUCUUCACUACACAACUCUGUCUCUUCACUACACAACUCUGUCUCUUCACUACACAACUCUGUCUCUUCACUACACAACUCUAUCUCUUCACUACACAACUCUGUCUCUUCACUACACAACUCUAUCUCUUCACUACACAACUCUGUCUCUUCACUACACAACUCAGUCUCCUCACUACACAACUCAGUCUCCUCACUACACAACUCUGUCUCUUCACUACACAACUCAAUCUCCUCACUACACAACUCUGUCUGGUCACUACACAACUCUGUCUCUUCACUACACAACUCUGUCUCUUCACUACACAACUCUGUCUGCUCACUACACAACUCUGUCUCUUCACUACACAACUCUGUCUCUUCACUACACAACUCUGUCUCUUCACUACACAACUCUGUCUCUUCACUACACAACUCUGUCUCUUCACUACACAACUCUGUCUCUUCACUACACAACUCUGUCUCUUCACUACACAACUCUAUCUCUUCACUACACAACUCUGUCUCUUCACUACACAACUCUAUCUCUUCACUACACAACUCUGUCUCUUCACUACACAACUCAGUCUCCUCACUACACAACUCAGUCUCCUCACUACACAACUCUGUCUCUUCACUACACAACUCAGUCUCCUCACUACACAACUCUGUCUGGUCACUACACAACUCUGUCUGGUAACUACACAACUCUGUCUCUUCACUACACAACUCUGUCUGCUCACUACACAACUCUGUCUCUUCACUACACAACUCUGUCUCUUCACUACACAACUCUGCUCACUACACAACUCUGUCUCUUCACUACACAACUCUAUCUGUUCACUACACAACUCUGUCUCUUCACUACACAACUCUGUCUCUUCACUACACAACUCUGUCUGCUCACUACACAACUCAGUCUCCUCACUACACAACUCAGUCUCCUCACUACACAACUCAGUCUCCUCACUACACAACUCAUCUCCUCACUACACAACUCUGUCUGGUCACUACACAACUCUGUCUGGUCACUACACAACUCUGUCUCUUCACUACACAAAUCUGUCUGCUCACUACACAACUCUGUCUGCUCACUACACAACUCUGUCUGCUCACUACACAACUCUGUCUCUUCACUACACAACUCUGUCUCUUCACUACACAACUCUGCUCACUACACAACUCUGUCUCUUCACUACACAACUCUGUCUCUUCACUACACAACUCUGUCUCUUCACUACACAACUCUGUCUGGUCACUACACAACUCUGUCUGGUCACUACACAACUCUGUCUCUUCACUACACAACUCUGUCUCUUCACUACACAACUCUGUCUCUUCACUACACAACUCUGUCUGGUCACUACACAACUCUGUCUGGUCACUACACAACUCAGUCUCCUCACUACACAACUCUGUCUGCUCACUACACAACUCUGUUUGCUCACUACACAACUCUGUCUCUUCACUACACAACUCUGUCUGGUCACUACACAACUCUGUCUCUUCACUACACAACUCUGUCUCUUCACUACACAACUCUGUCUGCUCACUACACAACUCUGUCUGCUCACUACACAACUCUGUCUCUUCACUACACAACUCUGUCUCUUCACUACACAACUCUGUCUCUUCACUACACAACUCUGUCUCUUCACUACACAACUCUGUCUCUUCACUACACAACUCUAUCUCUUCACUACACAACUCUGUCUCUUCACUACACAACUCUAUCUCUUCACUACACAACUCUGUCUCUUCACUACACAACUCAGUCUCCUCACUACACAACUCAGUCUCCUCACUACACAACUCUGUCUCUUCACUACACAACUCAGUCUCCUCACUACACAACUCUGUCUGGUCACUACACAACUCUGUCUGGUCACUACACAACUCUGUCUCUUCACUACACAACUCUGUCUCUUCACUACACAACUCUGUCUGCUCACUACACAACUCUGUCUCUUCACUACACAACUCUGUCUCUUCACUACACAACUCUGUCUCUUCACUACACAACUCUGUCUCUUCACUACACAACUCUGUCUCUUCACUACACAACUCUGUCUCUUCACUACACAACUCUAUCUCUUCACUACACAACUCUGUCUCUUCACUACACAACUCUAUCUCUUCACUACACAACUCUGUCUCUUCACUACACAACUCAGUCUCCUCACUACACAACUCAGUCUCCUCACUACACAACUCUGUCUGGUCACUACACAACUCUGUCUGGUCACUACACAACUCUGUCUCUUCACUACACAAAUCUGUCUGCUCACUACACAACUCUGUCUGCUCACUACACAACUCUGUCUGCUCACUACACAACUCUGUCUCUUCACUACACAACUCUGUCUCUUCACUACACAACUCUGCUCACUACACAACUCUGUCUCUUCACUACACAACUCUGUCUCUUCACUACACAACUCUGUCUCUUCACUACACAACUCUGUCUGUCUCCUCACUACACAACUCUGUCUGCUCACUACACAACUCUGUUUGCUCACUACACAACUCUGUCUCUUCACUACACAACUCUGUCUGGUCACUACACAACUCUGUCUCUUCACUACACAACUCUGUCUCUUCACUACACAACUCUGUCUGCUCACUACACAACUCUGUCUGCUCACUACACAACUCUGUCUCUUCACUACACAACUCUGUCUCUUCACUACACAACUCUGUCUCUUCACUACACAACUCUGUCUCUUCACUACACAACUCUGUCUCUUCACUACACAACUCUAUCUCUUCACUACACAACUCUGUCUCUUCACUACACAACUCUAUCUCUUCACUACACAACUCUGUCUCUUCACUACACAACUCAGUCUCCUCACUACACAACUCAGUCUCCUCACUACACAACUCUGUCUCUUCACUACACAACUCAGUCUCCUCACUACACAACUCUGUCUGGUCACUACACAACUCUGUCUGGUCACUACACAACUCUGUCUCUUCACUACACAACUCUGUCUCUUCACUACACAACUCUGUCUGCUCACUACACAACUCUGUCUCUUCACUACACAACUCUGUCUCUUCACUACACAACUCUGUCUCUUCACUACACAACUCUGUCUCUUCACUACACAACUCUGUCUCUUCACUACACAACUCUAUCUCUUCACUACACAACUCUGUCUCUUCACUACACAACUCUAUCUCUUCACUACACAACUCUGUCUCUUCACUACACAACUCAGUCUCCUCACUACACAACUCAGUCUCCUCACUACACAACUCUGUCUCUUCACUACACAACUCAGUCUCCUCACUACACAACUCUGUCUGGUCACUACACAACUCUGUCUGGUCACUACACAACUCUGUCUCUUCACUACACAACUCUGUCUCUUCACUACACAACUCUGUCUGCUCACUACACAACUCUGUCUCUUCACUACACAACUCUGUCUCUUCACUACACAACUCUGCUCACUACACAACUCUAUCUCUUCACUACACAACUCUUCUCCUCACUACACAACUCAGUCUCCUCACUACACAACUCAGUCUCCUCACUACACAACUCAGUCUCCUCACUACACAACUCUGUCUGCUCACUACACAACUCUGUCUGGUCACUACACAACUCUGUCUGGUCACUACACAACUCUGUCUCUUCACUACACAACUCUGUCUCUUCACUACACAACUCUGUCUGCUCACUACACAACUCUGUCUCUUCACUACACAACUCUGUCUCUUCACUACACAACUCUGCUCACUACACAACUCUGUCUCUUCACUACACAACUCUGUCUCUUCACUACACAACUCUGUCUCUUCACUACACAACUCUAUCUCUUCACUACACAACUCUGUCUCUUCACUACACAACUCUAUCUCUUCACUACACAACUCUGUCUCUUCACUACACAACUCAGUCUCCUCACUACACAACUCAGUCUCCUCACUACACAACUCUGUCUCUUCACUACACAACUCUGUCUCUUCACUACACAACUCUGUCUGCUCACUACACAACUCAGUCUCCUCACUACACAACUCAGUCUCCUCACUACACAACUCAGUCUCCUCACUACACAACUCAGUGUCCUCACUACACAACUCAGUCUCCUCACUACACAACUCUGUCUGCUCACUACACAACUCUGUCUGGUCACUACACAACUCUGUCUGGUCACUACACAACCCUGUCUCUUCACUACACAACUCUGUCUCUUCACUACACAACUCUGUCUGCUCACUACACAACUCAGUCUCCUCACUACACAACUCAGUCUCCUCACUACACAACUCAGUCUCCUCACUACACAACUCAGUCUCCUCACUACACAACUCAGUCUCCUCACUACACAACUCAGUCUCCUCACUACACAACUCUGUCUGGUCACUACACAACUCUGUCUGGUCACUACACAACUCUGUCUCUUCACUACACAAAUCUGUCUGCUCACUACACAACUCUGUCUGCUCACUACACAACUCUGUCUGCUCACUACACAACUCUUGUGGCUCUCAGUGUGGCUCUCAGUGUGGCUCUCAGUGUGGCUCUCAGUGUGGCUCUCAGUGUGGCUCUCAGCAGGUCUCUGUGUGGCGCUCAGUGUGGCUCUCAGCAGGUCUCAGUGUGGCUCUCAGUGUGGCUCUCAGCAGGUCUCAGUGAGGCUCUCAGUGUGGCUCUCACUGUGGCUCUCAGUGUGGCUCUCAGUGUGGCUCUCAGUGUGGCUCUCACUGUGGCUCUCAGUGUGGCUCUCAGUGUGGCUCUCAGCAGGUCUGAGCCAGGCAGGUCUGAGCCAGGCAGGUCUGAGCCAGGCAGGUCUGAGCCAGGCAGGUCUGAGCCAGCGCUUCCUCCAGAAACAACCUCAGAGCAGAGUGAAGGAGAGGCUGAGGGAGACCAGGCUGAGGAAGACCAGGCUGAGGAAGACCUGGCUGAGGAAGACCAGGCUGAGGAAGACCAGGCUGAGGAAGACCAGGCUGGGGAAGACCAGGCUGAGGAAGACCAGGCUGAGGAAGACCUGGCUGAGGAAGACCAGGCUGAGAGAGACCAGGCUGAGGGAGACCUGGCUGAGGAAGACCAGGGUGAGGAAGACCAGACUGAGGAUGACCUGGCUGAGGAAGACCAAGCUGAGGAAGACCAGGUUGAGGCAGACCAGGCUGAGGAAGACCAGGCUGAAGUGGACCAGGCUGAGGAAGACCAGGCUGAGGUAGACCAGGCUGAGGAGACCAGGCUGAGGAGACCAGGCUGA